ACAAAGUGUUUUCAUUCUAUAGUGUCAAACUGAGAAAUACCUGUGAGAAAACUACAGAUAGUGAACCGGAAGUGUAAAGCCUAGGGAUUAUUGAACCGGAAGUGUGGAGGACGAUGGGAGUUUGGCGGUAAGACUCAAGAUGGCAACUCCUGGGCUCGACUUGACCUGACAUGACCAGCUUACUCAACUCCAUUAAAAACCUCGCUAGACAAAAUGGCGAGGAUACAAAGACCCGGUUCUCGGUGGCGCCGGCACCGGGAGACUCUGGGUUCACACAAUGGCAGAACGGUAUGCGGAUGGUAGCCAGGCUACCGGAAGGCAUACCAUCGCAGUUCAGGAAAACGUUAUGGCUGAACCUUGCUGAGAAGCACUUGGCCAGUCGAGGAGUUCAGUGGUCGCAAGUCGAGGAGUUUUGUUUCAACGAGUACACAAACCCUGACGAUGAAGAGUUGGGUGUUCAGAUUGUUAAGGACGUCCAUCGUACAGGAUGCUCGCUCUUCUGUGGAGUCUCUGGAAAGGACAAUCAGGCAUUGCUCAAACGGGUGUUGCUCGCAUAUGCUCGCUGGAACAAAGCUGUCGGUUACUGUCAAGGGUUCAACAUGCUCGCUGCCCUCAUUCUCCAGGUUAUGGACAAAUCUGAGGUUGACUCAGUGAAGGUGAUGAUCUUCCUGAUAGAGGGAGUGUUGCCGGAGAGCUACUUUGCCAACAAUCUGCGAGGUUUGUCUGUAGACAUGGCAGUGUUCCGCGACUUGCUGCGAAUAAAACUGCCAACCUUGUCUAGGCACUUUGACCAACUGCAGAGCGAAUCCAAGGACUCUGGUACCAGUUACGAGCCUCCACUGACCAAUGUGUUCACCAUGCAGUGGUUCCUAACUCUGUUCUGCAACUGCCUGCCUCAGGUCACUGUCUUGAUUAAUGUAAUUGUCUGCAGGUACCAGUUACGAGCCUCCACUGACCAACGUGUUCACCAUGCAGUGGUUCCUAACUCUGUUCUGCAACUGCCUGCCUCAGGACACUGUCUUGAUGAAUGUACCAGUUACGAGCCUCCACUGACCAACGUGUUCACCAUGCAGUGGUUCCUAACUCUGUUCUGCAACUGCCUGCCUCAGGACACUGUGUUGAUUAAUGCAAUUGUCUGCAGGUACCAGUUACGAGCCUCCACUGACCAACGUACCAGUUACGAGCCUCCACUGACCAACGUGUUCACCAUGCAGUGGUUCCUAACUCUGUUCUGCAACUGCCUGCCUCAGGACACUGUGUUGAUUAAUGUAAUUGUCUGCAGGUACCAGUUACGAGCCUCCACUGACCAAUCUGUUCACCAUGCAGUGGUUCCUAACUCUGUUCUGCAACUGCCUGCCUCAGGACACUGUGUUGAUUAA